AAGGGAGGGAUCGGUGGAUCAACUCGAUCCAUUUUUUUUGUAGAGAGUGAUGAGCGGUCGUAGGGUUUGCAGUUAGCUCAGGCGCUGUUCUCGCGUCAUUGAUGUGAUUUCUCUGCCGCAGUCGUACAGAUUCUCUUUCCAUGCGAUCAUCGUCGCCAUAGGUUUGAUCCGAGCAGCCGCGGCGCUAGAUCGCGCUCGAAAUCCGGUUUCCUGGUACUGCAUUGCCAAGAUUUCGCAGAUUUCUCCCACAAGGAAGCGAAAUUUCGGGGGAUUCUUGGCCGCCUAGCUAGCUAGGGUCGAAAGAAAGCGCGAUCGAUCGAUGGGGUACCAGGAGGAGGAGGCCGGCGAGGAUUACAUCUUCAAGGUAGUGCUCAUCGGCGAUUCGGCGGUGGGCAAGUCGAAUUUGCUGACGAGGUAUGCGCGCAACGAGUUCAAUCACAACUCCAAGGCCACGAUUGGGGUGGAAUUCCAGACGCAGAGCAUGAGGAUCAAUGGCAAGGAGGUCAAGGCGCAGGUAUGGGACACGGCUGGGCAGGAGAGGUUCCGGGCUGUGACAUCGGCCUAUUACAGGGGCGCGCUUGGAGCCCUCGUUGUCUACGAUAUCACCAGGAAGCAAACCUUUGAGAACAUCUCCAAAUGGCUCGAUGAGCUGCGAACUUACGGAGGAUCGAGCGUGGUGACAAUGCUGGUAGGCAACAAGUGCGAUCUCACAGACAUCCGCGAGGUAUCAGUCGAGGAGGGCAAGGAGCUGGCCGAGUCGGAGAACCUCUUCUUCAUGGAGACGUCGGCGCUGGCGUCCACAAACGUGAAGACGGCGUUCCAGAACGUUGUCCGCGAGAUCUUCGACGCCAAGAGCCGGAGGAUCGUCCCGGACGACUACGACAAAGACGACCGCGUCCCUCGCGGCCAGAAGCUCGGAUUGAACGGGGCCGGCGAUGGAAAAUCACCCCAGGACGAUGCAACUCGGCGAUUUUCGUGCUGCUAAGUUCCAUCCCUCCAUAGCCAAGCGCUAACGAUUUCUCGUUAAGGAUUUGUGUAGAAAUAAUUAAUUAACAUUCUGGACCGUUGAGGUGCGGA